AUGCAAAAUGGCCAAAGCAGUGGAGAAUGCGGCGAAUUGAAUGAAGGCAGAAAGACAGAGACUGCAAAAUUCUUUAAACUUCAAACGACCAACAUACAAAUCAAAGAUGAAAACAAAGAAACCGGAAGGGGGGAAGUACAGCCAGAAGCGGAACACAUACAACAAUUAUCACCACCAGAGCAAUGUGAAAGAACGGAAGGGACAGAAAUACAGUCAGUAGAAGCACAGGAAAUGACAGAGGUAGGAGAAAGGUUAUUGUUAUUGAUGGAAAAAGGAGAAGCGGCACAAUACAAAAGUAAAAGUCUUGAUGAAAUAAAUAUUGAUCUAGAUGUUGAUCUCAAAGAGAACGACAAUGACAGUGGUGAUGAAAAUCAACCAUUUCCUAAAGAGUUGAUGGUAGUUCUGGACUCUUCAUUACAAAGAACUUAUCGAAAUUCAUCAGACGCGGUUCUUCAGCUUCCAGGUAGUGCUUCAACUAAUACCUCUCUAGCAGGAAAACAAAUCCUAAAAAAGUCAAAAAGAACCUUAGUUCCAUGGACCAAAGAGCAGAAAUCAACUGUACGUCACUUUUUCGCAAAACACAUUUCGAAGAAAGUUCCUCCCAAGAAACAUGAGUGCUUAGCUCUCAAGGAUAAAAAUGAAACCCUUCUAGAAAAUGAAGAUUGGGUCGAAAUCAAAGUAUUUGGUAAAAAUGAGUAUGUCAAAAGACAGCGACAAUAG